AUGCAGAGGAGAUUACUAUACACUGUAUCUAACCUGCUAUCAAAAAGAUUGAGGGCUCCCUCAAUUUUCCUUCGUUGGUCGUCACCGAUUGCUCAUUACUCUACUGUUAAGUCAGUUCCAUUUACCGCCGAUACAUACUCCUCCAAGGUUCAACGAGAUCCAAAAUACAAGAAACUCGACUCUUCCGAUUUGGACUACUUUAAAUCCAUUUUACCGGAAAACAGCAUCAUCACCGAUGCUGACGACUUAUUAUUUUACAAUGAAGAUUGGAUGAGGAAGUAUCGUGGACAAUCAAACUUACUACUUAAGCCAAAGACUACCGCUCAAGUUGCCGACAUUUUGAAACAUUGCAAUGAGAAAAAUUUAGCCGUUGUGCCUCAAGGUGGUAAUACUGGAUUGGUUGGUGGAUCAAACCCUAUUUUUGAUGAAAUCAUCAUUUCAUUAUCAUCCUUGAAUAAGAUUAGAUCAUUUGAUCCAGUUAGUGGUAUUUUAAAAGUUGAUGCUGGUGUAAUUUUGGAAAAUGCUGAUCAAUACUUACUGGAGCAAGGAUACAUUUUCCCGUUGGAUUUGGGAGCCAAGGGCUCAUGCGAGAUUGGCGGUAAUGUUGCAUGCAAUGCUGGAGGUUUAAGAUUAUUGAGAUAUGGAUCAUUACAUGGCAGUGUGUUGGGAUUAGAGGUGGUGUUACCAGAUGGUACAAUUUACGAUUCGAUGCAUUCUCUACGCAAAGACAACACUGGUUACGAUUUGAAACAAUUGUUUAUCGGGUCCGAAGGUACUUUAGGUAUUAUCACUGGUGUUUCUAUUCUUUGCCCGGCAAGACCACAGGCUACAAAUGUCGCCUUUCUCGCCGUAAAGGAUUAUGAAACUGUUCAAAAAGUGUUUGUGGAAUCGAGAAAAGAGUUGGGGGAAAUCUUGUCAGCAUUUGAGUUCAUGGAUUUAAAGUCACAACAAUUGACGAAACAGCACUUGGGUCUUGACCACCCUAUUGAAAGUGGCGAGUACCCAUUUUACGCUUUGAUUGAAACAUCUGGAUCAAACAAGGAUCACGAUGACGAGAAAUUGGAAAAUUUUUUGGGAAAUGCAAUGGAGAAUGGGUUGGUUGAAGAUGGUAUUGUUGCUCAAGAUGAGUCCCAAGUACAAAGUUUAUGGAGCUGGAGAGAAAGCAUUCCUGAGGCAAGUGCAAUGAAUGGAGGUGUUUACAAGUACGAUGUCUCAAUCCCGUUAAAAGACUUGUAUGGAUUGGUUGAAGCUGCCAACGAGAAAUUAGCAGAGGCCAAUUUAGUUGAUUUCGAAGAUGGUGCUAAACCAGUUGUGUCGGCAGUUGGAUAUGGUCACAUUGGUGACGGGAACUUGCAUCUCAAUGUUUGCGUUCGUAAGUACACCCCUGAAGUGGAGUCCGUAUUAGAGCCAUUUGUUUACGAGUGGGUUUCUUCAAAGAAGGGUUCAAUUUCAGCUGAACACGGUUUGGGAUUCCAAAAGAAGAAUUACAUUGGGUACUCAAAGAAUCCAACUGAAAUUGCUUUGUUGAAGCAAAUCAAACAACAUUACGAUCCAGCCGGAAUUAUGAAUCCCUACAAGUAUAUAUAA